CACAGGACAGAUUAAUUAGCGGUUGCUCUUAACAAAGCGAAAAACUCAAAACUCUACAGAUACAUUGUUCGAGGACAGAAAGUUUAUUCAGUUUAUUCUUUUUAGACCGAGUUUUCACAGUGUGUCUACAAUCCACUUGAUCAUGUCUUCAUCACCGUCUUCUACAGACUUUGUUGGAGGUGUUGAAAAGGUGGAUUUUCCCCUCCCUAUCACCACUGUCAGCAUCUCGACUUCAUCGUUGUUCGCUAGGUGCAUCGAUGUAGAAGAAGCUGGAAAAGUGGAUUUACCCCCAACUACCUUUCCGGUGAACUACUCCUCCCUACUGCCCGCUGAGGGCAUUUUCGGAGGACACGCCGAUGUGGUAAAUAUUGUUCCGAACGCUGAAACGUCUGUUCUAUGGCCUGGACCGUUAUCAGACGACAGCGUUUGGUUACAAACAGAAGGAGAACAGGAGAGUGUUAUAGCUGCUAAAAACAACAUAGCAGCAGUGGAUUUUGUUCUUCCAAAUGCUGUGUUGUCUUCUGAGAUUGUUCAGCACCCUGGACCCUCAGAAGCCAUAAACAGUGUUUGUUUUGAAGAAGGAGGAGACGAGAAUGCUGAAAACAUCCCAUCAGGGAAAAACCCAGCAAAAUCCAUUAAAAGAAGAAUUGCAAAAUUUUUCCGUACAAUGGGGAAGAAGAUUAUGAGCCCCUUUGUUUACUGCUUGGGGAGGAACAAAGUGGUACCUUUCAUACCUUCCCCAGAGCUGAAACCGGGGAAUCUGGGGAAGGCCAAUGAUGAUCUGGACAAAUCACAGAUGAAGACCAGUUCCGGGAUGAAGGCUGAUGAUGAUAUUGCCCAUGCCGUGGCAAAGGCAGACUAUGAUCUGCCGAAUACUACAAAGACUGAGGAUGUAUCUUCCGCCCCCCAGCAUUACACUGGCACUUCUUCCGUCAGUAUUCCUCAGUCCGUCAUCCUGAGGGCAGAUACCAGUCUGCAUAUUUUGGAUUUAAGCGAAGACGAUUCAGUCGAUACUGUGCUGAAUGCUCGCACCAAUCCUGCCAAUCCCAAGCCAAAGAAGCCAACGUCAUCUACUAGCGAUGAGGGGCUUGGGGCGAGUGGCUUUACCGGCAGGAUGUACCAAAAAAGCCAUGAAUCUGCUGGCAAACAGGGUUUCAUUAUUCCAUGUGAACCCAAGGAGAAGACGGACACCAACCCUGCCAAUCCCAAGCCAAAGAAGCCAGCCUCAUCUACUAGCCAUGAGGGGCUUGGGGCGAGUGGCUUUACCGGCAGGAUGUACCAAAACAGCCAUGAAUCUGAUGGCAAACAGGUCGACAUAAAGCAAGUUUGGGAAUGGAAACCUAAUCCUUACACUGAUAUUAAGGCUAACAACAAUUCAGAUGAUGCCAAAUUUAAGACUGGCACCAUUCCCAAGACAAAGGGUUUCAUUAUUCCAUGUGAACCCAAGGAGAAGACGGACACCAACCCUGCCAAUCCCAAGCCAAAGAAGCCAGCCUCAUCUACUAGCCAUGAGGUGCUUGGGGCGAGUGGCUUUACCGGCAGGAUGUACCAAAACAGCCAUGAAUCUGAUGGCAAACAGGUCGACAUAAAGCAAGUUUGGGAAUGGAAACCUAAUCCUUACACUGAUAUUAAGGCUAACAACAAUUCAGAUGAUGCCAAAUUUAAGACUGGCACCAUUCCCAAGACAAAGGGUUUCAUUAUUCCAUGUGAUCCCAAGGAGAAGACGGACACCAACCCUGCCAAUCCCAAGCCAAAGAAGCCAACCUCAUCUACUAGCCAUGAGGUGCUUGGGGCGAGUGGCUUUACCGGCAGGAUGUACCAAAACAGCCAUGAAUCUGAUGGCAAACAGGGUUUCAUUAUUCCAUGUGAACCCAAGGAGAAGACAGAAACCAACCCUGCCAAUCCCAAGCCAAAGAAGCCAGCCUCAUCUACUAGCGAUGAGGUGCCUGGGGUGAUUGGCUUUACCAUCAGGGUGUACCAAGAAAGAGAAGACUCCGAUGGCAAACAGGUCAACAUCAAGCAAGUUUCAAAAUGGACCCGUAACCCCUGCAUUAAUAUUAAGGCUGACAAUAAUCCAGGCAAUGCCAAAUUAAAGACUGGCACCAUUCCCAAGGCAAAGGUUGGCACCGGUGUUGGCAAUCCAGUUCGAAAGCCUGUUGUUAUUCCAUGUGGUAUCAUGGUGAAGGCAGACCCCAAACCUGCCAUCCCCAAAAAGACGGCUGUUUUUCACAAGCGUGAUAAGAAGGUGAAGGCAGACCCCAAACCUGCCAUCCCCAAAAAGGCGGCUGUUUUUCAUAAGCGUGAUAAGGUGAAGGCAGUAACCAAACCUGCCAUUCCAAAGAAGACAGCUGAUACCGAGGUGAAAGCAGAUACAGAGGAGCUCGAUCCGGCACACAGAACCUUGUUUGAUGAUUAUUGUAUUGAUACAGAUAAUCCGCUUGGUAAAGGUAGCUUUGGCACUGUGUUCCCGGGGACAUGUAAAUCUGAUGGCAAACCGGUUGCUGUCAAGUUUGUGAAACGAAAGCAACCAAACCGUUUCUUUAGUACGCCUGGAUCUGGACUGGUUCUUACAGAACUAGCAGUGUUGCUCAGGUUAAAGGAAAAUCCAAACCCUUAUGUGAUCAAACUUUAUGACAGCUAUGAGGAUCCGGCUUACUUCAUACUCGUCAUGGAGCGGCCUGAUCCUUGCACGACCUUGCAUGAGUUUAUUAAAUUUCAACGAGGUCUUCUGGAAUCAACAGCACGCACUCUAAUGCGUCAGGCAGUCAUCGCAGUGAAACAUUGCUUUAAGCAUGAGAUUUUUCAUACUGACCUCCAUGCUGGCAACUUCCUGGUGGAUAAAAACAACAUGCUGCUGAAGCUGAUCGACUUUGGGUGCUGUGACCGAUUAAGAGAUACAGCCUAUGCAUACGAAGAGUAUUUGGGGGCACCGGCUUAUCGGCCACCUGAGGUCCGCAACAGGGGCAGAUACCACGCCAUGUCAAGCAGUGUCUGGUCUCUGGGAACUCUGCUCUAUUAUAUGGUUAAUGAAAACUUGCCCUUUCCCAAAUAUGGGCCGGUUACUGAAGGCAUAAUAAACCAUGAGAAUGACUAUUUAACAAAGGGGAAAAAAAACAGCAAAAUCCAUUAAAAGAAAAAUUACAAAAUAUUUCCAGACAAUGGGGAAGAAGAUAAAGAGCCCCUUUGUUCACUGCUUCGGGAGGAACAAAGUGGUACCUCUCAUACCCUCCCCAGAGCUGAAA